AUGAAGCAGCAAACUUAUAAGAAGAGGAAAGAUAUUCAUUUUAAGUUGGGUGAUUUGGUGCUCAUCAAGUUGCAGCCAUCUCGGCAAACCACAGUUGUUAAUCGAUUAAAUUCAAAGCUAUGCCGCAGGUACUUUGGCCCAUUUCAAGUGAUCGAUAGAACAUGCCCAGUAGCGUACGCGCUCAAACUUCCACUCGGUAGUCGUAUACACCCAACAUUCCAUGUCUCCUUGCUCAAACCAUACCAUGGAGCAACACCCCUGCAAUAUUUUCCUUUACCUGAGCUGAGCGUUGCAAAUCAUCCACUUAUGACACCCUUGGCAAUUUUGGCUACACGCAUUCAACUAAAAAACAACAAGAAGGUACGGCAAAUUCUUGUUCAGUGGACUUUGAGUUCAUUGGAGGAUGCCACUUGGGAAUAUUUUUCCACAUUCAUCAAGCUGUAUGAUUUGGCCAACCUUGAGGACAAGGUUGUUUAUGGGGAGGGAAGCAGUGUUACACCAGCCCAACCCGAUAGCCCAAUUCCUUUGGACCCUGAUGUUAUUGAGCACCAAGACUUGGUUACAACUCAGCCCAUGAUGGAAAGUCAGCCCAAAGAGACUAUCGCCAACCAUGAAGAAGGGAAGAACGAAGGUGAUACCAGCAACAGGAAAGUACGCGUGAAACCGUUUUGGCUGAUGGAUUUUGUGAUGCUCUUGGAGAGUUGA